UCUCAGUCGGGAGAGAAUCCUCGCUUCUAUUUAAUUGUUGUAAUACCAUAUAAAUGUAUUACGAGUAAUUUUAAAAACAUGUUCUUUCCCUGACAAGAUACUAUUUAAUAUUAACCCUACAUCUUUUACAGCUUUUUUAAAAAACAAUUGGAAUGCCCCUUACCAAAAGGGGGAAAUAUUACGAUAGAAGGUUUAUUUGUUGAAAGUGAAGCACCUUGCGGAACGCCACAUUAAACAUUAUCCCACUCUGAGUGAUUACCAUCCCCAUCAACUAUCCUUUGAAAUCUCGAACCAAGAUAAGACCCAAACCAAUUGCACAUACAUAUUUCGAAUCCAUAGCAAGUUUAAUGUCGGAUAUAAAUUUUAAAAAAGCAGUAGGUACAAGUGCUAUGUUUUGCGCGAAAACCUGAUUGCAAUAAUUGUGACUAUUAAUUAUUUUGUGAACAGUAGUAGCUUGUAAGUGACUUAAUGUGUUUUAGUGAAGUUUCAAACGUGGAAAACAUUUGAUUGCAGAGUAAGAUUUAUGAGACAAACACCAAAUUCACAAACGGCGGGGCUAUAAGAAACACAAUUUUUCCUUUAUGAAUUGUUAAAGUAUGUUGUCAAAACGGGUGAAUCCGAGGCGCCUGCGUCGAGUCCCCGAUGUCUACGACGACGACGACGACGAGGUAGGUGCUCGACCCGGACGCAGUAUUCCAUCGACGGACACAAAGUUUGAGAAUAAUUAAAAAAAAAAAAAAAGAAUUGUAUUUAAAGGUUGUGAAACAAGUGUGUAUAUAAUCUUAACUUUGUGAGUUGUGAAAAGAGAAUUGAAAGUUUUCUUAGAGACAAGAGUUUUGAAUGGAUUAUAUUGCACAACAAGUGAAUUCGGUGCUAUUAAUUGUCGUUUGCAUGUGGGUCAUGAGCUGAAGCUAACUAACAGGAUUGAGGAUUUAUCGAGCUAAGAUAAAAAAUGUGGAGCUCGGUUACAGCAGCCGGUGUGGAAAAUGGACCUGCACCACCAUCUCGAAGUAAACAUAGUGCAACCCUCCUUGGAGGUCACGUUUAUCUUCUAGGUGGUCGAAAUGGUAAUCUUCCACUGAAAGAUCUCUGGCGUUAUAGUCUCGCUGAGAGUAGAUGGGAAGAAUUACAUCCGGAAGGUGAAAGACCGCCUGCACUUCAGGAACACAGUGCAGUUGCUUACAGAGAUUGUCUUUAUGUUUUUGGAGGAGAACUUGGAUUUUCUGCUGGGACUGAAACUCCACUUUGGUGCUACACUGUUAAGACAAAUUCGUGGAGAAAGAUUAGAGCACAAAAGGGAUGUGCAGUUCCUAGAGGACGAAGAGGUCAUUCAGCGUUAGUACAUCGAGGUCAAAUGUUAAUUUAUGGAGGUUAUCAAGAUUUAAGAGGAAGCUCCCCUGAAUUAUGGGCUUUUCAUUUUGAAACGGAAUCCUGGCAUCUAUUGUCAUCCAGUGAAUGUGGUCCAGCAGCUCGUCAUAAACACUCUGCAGUUUUACACGACGACGCAAUGUACAUUUACGGAGGAAUGACAGAUCUCCAAGAAAGAAGUGACUGUUGGCGAUGGGAUGUUCAUACAACAUCUUGGUGCAUAUUAAAAAAUAAACCAGGUCCAGGACCACUUCAUGGACAUGCCGCUUGUAGAUUACCAAGCUGUAUGUUAAUUUUUGGUGGGGAAAGUGGAGGUCUUGCUACUAAUGAACUUUGGAGGUUUCACUUUGGAACUGAAACAUGGGAAAAGCUUGCAGUUCCGGGACCAAAGCCUCAACCAAGAGCAGAAAGCGUUGCACUCGCAGUUUCUGAACUCGUAAUUCGUGGCAAUGGAUUAGACAAUUCUAGACCUAGACCAAGAAGUCAAAGGCCCAGACCUCCUUGCAGUCGAAUAUCUCCCAAUGAAGCGCCAACGCGACCCAGUUUCCUCCGAGAAAUAUCAAAACUGUCUCAAAUUAAUUUAUCUAGACUAAGUCACCCCAACAAGUGCAGCUACUCCGUACUAAGUGGUCACGAUGAUAUCGAAGAAAGUCCUAAUGAUGCAAUUUCUUAUUUUCCAUUUCAGCAAGUGGAUGUGGAAAUUGUGGAGCCGUCGACGGGAAUGGUCAAGUCCCGAAGUGCCAACACUUUAGCCAAAAGACGUCAGAAGAUUUCAGAAAUGCCAAAAAAUUCCGAUCAAUCCUAUUCCGGAAUGACAAGGGAUCCAAUCUCUGUUCCAAAUUUUAGAGCUCUCACCUUGCCAACACCAGUUUUAACACCAGUCGAAGCUUCUAGACUAGUUUUUGUGGAUCCAGACGAGGAGAGUGAUGAUGAUCGAAAAGAACCCCCAACUUCUAGACUAAUCGAAGUUCCCGAAGAAGAAAAGGACUUUGCAACAAUUCACCAGGCCUGUCAACCAACUCGAGGCGAAAGUUACAGUUCCCAUCUGUACGAGGCCGUCCAAACUCCAAAGACUCCAACGACAACAAAAAUUCCGACUUCUGCUUCCGUCCGAUUUGCCGAUCUCGAAGAAGGCGAAGAAUCAACGUCUGAUUAUGCGAGCAUAGAAGCAAGAAGUCCUGGCGAUCCUCUAGGCGAUGAUGACUGGCCGAAAAGGACGAAAAAUAAAACAUCGAUAUUGCGCGAAGGGCAAUUUGGUUUUUGCAAUCCAAAUUACCUCGGACUUGAGGCAACCAAUAAUGAUGGGAAAUUUGCAAAAAUGUUAAAUAGUCCGCCCGACAGUGUCCUGGAAGAUGAGCCUGGAAGAUCAGCUUCUCAAACUUUUACAGAGUUGCUCGAGCUGCAGGAAAUUAGGCCCAGGGCACCACCGAAAAGCCUGCCUCUUGGCUCGCCUUCUCGACGAGCUGUCAGUGCAUCCAGAGCCGAGAGACAAAGGGCCAAAUUGGCCGCCAAUGAGACAAACCCUCCAGGUCCUGCUCCGCUUUAUGUUUUCUUAGUGGGCGGUAAGGAAAAAGGUCAGGUCACUGUUUUCGCAAGGCCUGUUUCUCUUUGGAAACUGCAAUUGGCACCUCAUAUUUUCUAGGGAGCUAAAAAUUUGAAUUUGUAGGUUUCCAAAGAAUCUUUAUCGACGCUGAAUAUUGUGAUGUGAGCCAAAGUUAGAUAGCAAAAUCAGUUCAUCUUUUUGAUACGCUGGCAAAAAUGCAAUGUUAAAAAUUGUUAAUUUUAAAGGAGUUGGCAAUUUUUUAAUAUUUUUGCCAGACAAAUUUAAUGCUUCCAAUUUUUAGUCAGUUUAAAAUACACUUCAUUUCUUUUUUAAUAUGACGAAUGUUGAUUUUGUGAAAAACACUUAUUCUAAAGUAAUGUUCUUUCUACAUUACUUGUAGUAAUGGGGUUUCAUCGAAGGGCGCACUGCUACAUCAAAGAUAUAGAAUCUGCCGUACAAACUUCCAAAAAUUAAAGAAAAUAUCUCCAAUUUUUUCUUUAGGUUUAAUUGCUUUAGAAAUUCUGUAAAAUAUAAACAUAAUCUUUGAUGAACCAGUCCUUUUUUUAAGAAUGCAGUAGUGAAUAAUUUAAUUUGCUCUAAUGCGUUUGUAUAAGUAUUUGUGAGUUUUUUAGUAAAUGGCAGUGAAUGUUGCGAGAAGUCAAAUGAGAAUAUCAAAGAAAUCAAAGUUGUAUUACAAUAUGGAAAAGCAAUAAGCGAUAGUAUACGUAAUAAAUAAUAAAAAUUAGUGAUUUUGAAGUGAAAUUUUUAUUUAAAUUUUGUUUUAACAACUUGACGUAUAGAGAAUACUGAAGGUAAAAAAAUAACUAUUUUUAUCAAGAAUAACGUGCAUCAAGUUUAUAUCAUACAGUGCCAGAAUUUUUGGACAAAUAUGUC